UCACUCAUGAAUUGAAUAUUUAUUGAACCAACGAAAAUAUCAUGUCCUUGACAACAUAAAAUUGCCAAAUACCAUACCCUUUAAUUUAGUAAAUGUGAGCUUUUUAUUUCGAGAAAGACAAGUGAUAAUGGCAGAAGAUGAAAAACAAGAUAUUGAAGAAAAAAAAAUACUCCAUGAAGAAGUUAAAAUAAAAAUAGAUAAAAUUAAUUAUUCAAGACAAACAGAACGACCAAGAGGAACAGUUUGUUUCGAUAAUAUUCGCAAGGAUUUAAUUAAACGAGAAAGAAUAGCUCAAUCAACAUGGCAUCAACGUUUUGGACAUUUAUCUGGUGAAAAUUUUAAAAAAGUAUUAUCAAAUGAAUGUAAAAAUUUAGGUAUACCAAUUGAUACAUUUGAACGUAAAUUGAAUAAACAAAAUGACACUGAUAAUAAAUCAAUAAUAAUGAUAAAAUCAUCACCUAUUAUUCCAAAAACAAGCUCAGCAUUUAUUGGCUGGCGUUCAUCAUUACCAAAAUAUAAUCUUGAGUAUUUUGGAAAACUCUAUGUAUCACCAGUUCAAACAAUUGAACCACCAAUUAAACCAAAUGAAUUUAGAAUUGAUAAACAAACAUUUAUUUAUCUUGGAUAAUUAA